GUUUCAGAUCUUGACCCUUCAAAGAAGCGAAGGCUGAAUUUACUCACGCAAUAUCUAAAGAGCUUGCCCCAAAUUUCAAAUGUUUCUUCGAUAAAAAAAAGGCGUGGAGUAUUCGAUAUAGCCCGGCCUAUCUCUCUUGAUGAUAUAUCAGUCCUAACUCGCAUCCAACUCGGAUUCGAUGAAUAUCAGGCGGGACUUACGCUGAGACAUUGGGAUUAACAAUAAUCCCACACGCCUUUCCGUCAGUCUCAACCUGCAAGGUGGCCAGACUUGAGAGCAUAUUGCCGCCAUGACUCGCACUCCAGCGUCGUCAUCGACCUCGUCGUUAUUCGGAAUUAUAAGAUUACCAUCAACCCUAUUAUUUUACACCCUAAUAUCAACGAUAAUUAGUGGAGUAUAUUCUUAUCAACAAGUCCUUUCAUCACCACAGGAAACUUGUGUGUCUCAGGACUCCCCAAACGGACAUGCCCAGCAAUACCCCGACAUUGUGAGCGGAAAUCUCAACGCCACGACAUUAAUUGUCCCCAUUUCAUUAGCGAUAGCACGCGAGCUCAUUCCCCAGGAAUAUGGCAUCCUCGAGAAUGCAUACCGGUCAUUGUUACCCUCAUUUCCAGCAGGGAUGUACCCGAUGAUGGCCCAAAUAGUGCACGACCAUGACAUACAAGUGCCAGCUUAUAACGCUUCUAUGCCAGACUUCUCCCGUGCAUCAUUCGAAUUCCCCUUCCUCGACAUAUUCAACGACGGCCACUCAUCCUUCCGCUGGGCAAGCACAUUCCUAAUUUCCGCCUCGAAUGAUGGCGCCAUCAAGGGGUCUCAGGGGUACGGCAUAGCAGUACACCCAGCAUCUUUCGACCCACCCUGCGACGCGUACCGUGUGCUCCCCUCAGAAGACGGCGCGACGUACGCUGGUGGGUGGAGUAGCAACGGCGCGCAAUUCAAUUUUAUGACGAUAGAAGCAAAACCGUCUUGGGAUAAUGUACCGUUUUCACUGGACUUUUUGUGGAAUGUGACGAAUCAACCUGUGUUUGCGAAUACACGGCAGUGCGAUUAUUUCACGCGUAUGUUUAAUACGACACUGACGGAUAGUGCGGUGCCGGUCGUGGCUAAGGUUAAUGCGAAGUUGGAGCCGUUUGCGCAGCCGCAGGUUUGGGAGGGCGUGUUUGGAUGGCGGUUGUCGACGGCGUUUUUGGAGCCGCUGGAGCCUGAGGAGUGUAGACCCGAGGAGGAGUGACGAUACUUGAAGAAUGAUUGGUCUUGAUAAAAGAGAGUACCAUUCUCCACGAGUCUACAAAGAGGAACCCCAAGGGAAACAUCGGGUAAAUAUGCAAAGCCCGUCUAAACCUACCGGGGUUCGAAGCAGACGGUUAUCGCGUCCUCCAACGAGCUUAUAUGAAGAGGAACCUUUCGGUCCCUGCGUGGAUUUCUAUAGAUAGAAACCACGGGUGAGGAGUCCAUACGCCAUG